AUGAGCAUAUUAACAGCCAAUUUUUGGAUAACAUGCUUGUCAUUUAUAGUAUUUUUUGGUUACGUUAUAGGUACCGAAAAUGAAAAGUUUGUUGAAAAGACUAUAAUUAAUAGAUUACUUCAUAGAAAUAGGUAUUUCUUGGGAUAUGAGUUGGAGAUAGAGGUAGAUGAGGAUUUGAAUAAAAAAAAUGACAGGUUUGUUUCUAACGAACUUUUGGGAUUAUUACAAAUUCCUUUUCUAGAGGACAUGUUAGUGGUUUCAACACAAGGUAUGUGGAGAACAAAUAACUGGGGAGAGCCUCCUAGCACCAUUUAUACUACAGGGUCAAUAUUGGACUUGGGAUUUUCUGAUGCAAGUUUAGUUUCUGAGGAUUUUUGGUCAUCUUUAUUAAAUAGAGUUUCUUCAAUAAUGUGUAAUUCCUUGACAGUCUUUAAUAAUGCUUUGAAUAGAGAAAAGAGUUGUACUCAUAUUAUGAAGGGUAACAAUCUGAGUAGACAAAUAUGCAAUAACUAUGAUGACACCUUAUGUAUGGAUAAUUUAAAUUGUUGGAGGAAGAUUUUACCUUGUUUGUCAUUGGACUAUUCAGGUAAGGCAGGGUCUUAUGGUAUUCUAAAGAAGAUAUCUUUGGACUCCUUUGUAAAAGCAUCAUACAAAUCGAUAGGAUUUGAACUUAAGAAAAGAGGAAGCAAAGCAUAUUUUAGGAUUUUCUUUAACAUAGUUUUGAAAGGAAAGCCUUUAUCUAUAAAUGAAAAGAGACAGAACGAGACUUUGUGGGCAUUAAUAGGCCUUGAGGAGCCUGAAUACGAAGAAUUUCUUUGUCCAGUUUUUAUAGAAUCUAAGAUCAUCUAUUUUUUGAAUAGUAUACUUGAGAAAGAAAAGUUAUUAAGGAAUAACGAUAUAUGUAAGAUUGUUUCCUAUAACCACCCACUACGGGACGAUCUAUUUAACUUGGAAAUAAAUGCCUUAAAACUAAAUAAUUCUACAAUUAAAUUAGACCUGGAGUUUUUAAGAGAAAUAUGUGGAGUGACGUGGAUUAAACAUAUUUCUGCUCUGCAUCCUCAGAAACAACUUGAAGAUAAGUCAAAACUAAGUUUUCUACACAUUGAUAGAUCCUACGUCAGAUCAGUAGUAGGAAAUGACAUUAAGAAAGAUAGAACGGAAGGAAGUUUAAUAAUAGGUAUGGAUAAUCUUCUUUCUGAAAAAAGUAUAAGAAUCUGCCAUUGGGAACAGUUCCCAAGGUAUAUUAAUCCUUGGUUCUACAAGACUCGAGUUUUGUCAGCAAGAUCCAAAGUGAUCAAAGAUAUCCAAGAUAUUCAUGACAAAGACGGACAAGUGCUAAUUUUGGACUCUUAUAAGGCCUUCGAAUUUUUAAAUCUUAAAAUCUACAAAUCUCAAAACAUAUUGGUAAAUUUUUGCAUUAAUUUAGCACCAAAUACAAACGUUGUUGUUAUAUUCAAGUUUCAAAAAUACUUCCUUCCACUUGAAUAUCUAGGUGCAAAAAGUAAAAGAGGCCAGAUCUCUCCUCCUUCUGUAUCUUAUUGGAAAAUUGAAAAAGAUUCUAAGGAAGAUAAUGAUGAUUACAGAACUUUUUAUCACAACAUAAAUAUAAUCCCAACAAUUUUUUUGGAUCAUACAAUGACUUUCAACAUUAUCGCAAUUACAAGUGCUUUUGUCAUUUUUGGAAUAGUAACUACAACUAGGCCUAUUCAGCUUAAUCUUAAGAACAUCUCUAUAAUUUAA